UGCACUUGAGGAAACCUCACCAUUACCGGCUAUGGCAUCGGGGGAUUACUUGCAGGAGGAGAUUAUGGGCGGUGAUAUUCAGUUCUCAAGUAGUGCUACUCCAACAAAUGGGGGAGUGAAGAGACGAGGGGAAGAUAUGGGGAUUAGGGUUUUUGCAUUGAGGACAAGAUCGGAGGAGGAUAUCAUGGAUGAUGGGUUUAAGUGGAGAAAAUAUGGAAAAAAGAAGAUCAAGAGCAACCCGGUUUAUCCAAGGAACUACUAUAGAUGUUCAAGCAGAGGAUGCCAAGUGAAGAAGAGGGUAGAAAGGGAUAGGGAUGACUCAAGUUGUGUAAUAACUACAUAUGAGGGAGUCCACAUCCACCCCACCCCUCGCAACCAUAUCACACUUCCUAUUAAUCAUUGGGCUUUGCAACAAACUUCUUCUCACUCUCCUUUUUAUUAAAACCCCAAGCUUCUAAUGUAACAUUGAUCUUAUGAUCAUCUAAUAUUUAUCUCAUUUUUGUUUGAGUGUAUUCACUUUAUUAUGUAUUAUAAAGAAUUGGUAGAUAAUUAUGUAAUAUAUUAAUAAAGCUUCCUUUUUUUUUGG